CACACAUCUAAAAGCCCAGGCUAGAGAUGGGAUAGCAUGCAACAUUUAAACUAAGAUUGCCUAUACCAAGCUAAUUAGAAUACAAAAAUAUUUUUUCACUUCAAUUGACCAGACGAUAAAUAAAUAAGUCUAAAAUCAUAUACCCUUCGGUAUUUUCCGUAAAGGAGGACAUUAUACUCUGGCGCUUUGCCGAAACAUCGAAUGCGGAACAAAUUGUAUCGAGUUGCAUCGGCGCAGCCCAUCAAGACAGAUAGACAGUGAAGCACAGAAAAAAAGAGGGACAGUGUUCAUCACUGUAGGAUGGACUGGCCCAUGGAUCUGCUCCCAUUGCCCCCCUGUGCUGUGCUGGGGGUCCGUCCUCUGAAUGGGCUCCUGUGGACCCUGCUGCUCCUCUUCCUAUGGUAUUGUUACAGGGUGGGCUCUGACCCACCAGCUCCAGGCCGAGCCAUCCCAGGUAAGCACAAGUCCGGCUCCAGGCGCUCUGUGUUGUCCCGCGCCAGCAGCUGUGCUGGAGCAGUGUGCAGAGCCACAUCAAAUGUGGCCACUGGCGAUCGGGGGACUCCCUGCAUCACCAUGGAGACGGGAGAGGAGGAGCAGGAGCAAGGCUACCUGACCCCUGUGCUGAGCCAUGCCCUGUUCCCAGCCCAGGCCACAGCGAGUGGCAGGAAGCUGUAUGCAGCACUGCAGGAGUAUGCAAAGCGCUACAGCUGGGCUGGCAUGGGACGCAUUCAUAAAGGACUCCGGGAGCAGGCCACAUUAAAUGAUCGCUCCUCCAUCCAAAAGCCUCAUCUCUUCUUCCUCCCAGAUGUCCCCAGCAUUCCUUUUUUUCCACGUGACGCCCAUCGACAUGACAUUGAGGUCUUGGAGGCCAACUAUCCCAUAAUCCUCGCAGAGUUUCAGGCGGUCUACCAGAGAGGCAUUGAUCCAAAGAUUGGCUGGACCGGCCUGGGACCUAAGGGCCAAGCCGUGUUCCCCUUGUACAGCGCAGGUGUGUGUGUAGCAGGGAACUGCCGCUCCUGUCCCUGCACCUACCGCACUCUUCUCUCCUUGCGCACCUUCAUAAGUAGCAACUCCCUGGGGGCCGCCGGGUUCUGGCUGCUAGGGCCUGGGACCACACUAGGGGGAGCGUAUGGCCCCACCAAUACUCGCCUACGCUGCCACCUCGGAGUGCAGACCCCACCUCAGUGUGAGCUGGUAGUGGGAGGAGAGCCUCAGUGCUGGUCAGAGGGACACUGCCUCCUGGUGGAUGACUCCUUCCUGCACACUGUCUCCCAUAAUGGGGUGGCAGAGGACGGGCCACGGGUGAUUUUCAGUGUGGACCUCUGGCAUCCAAAUGUGGCUGCAGCAGAAAGACAGGCCCUGGACUACAUUUUCUGCCCUGACCAAUGAACUACAACUUCCACUGUGCACAUGUUCUAAUUGUGCUCCACGCUUCUUUGAUAUGAGGGAAAGGUGCCCAAACCUAGUCUCGAGGGCUGUGCUCUUCAACCUCAAUGUUCAUCCAGUCCGAGUAUCACUGUGCGUGUUACUAGUGAAUCCACUGAAACAGUCCAAAUGUCUAGUUUAGAUUAUUAUUUUUUUUGUUAUAUAUUUUUUUUUACACCUUUAUUUAAAGGAAAGUCAGUUAAGAACAAAUUCUUAUUUACAACGACGGCCUACCCCGGCCAAACCCAGACAACACUGGGUCAAUUGUGCGCCGCCCUAUGGGACUCCCAAUCACGGCCGCAUGAAAUACAGCCUGGAUUUGGUUGAGUUGUCAACUAAGCUGAAUUCAAUGUGAAAAUAAAUAAAUCCCCAUGUCAUUGGAUUUCGGUAAAACGGUGGGUGAAAAAAAGACUACAAUUUCCUUAUGUUGAUGACUUCUUUAAAAUCCAUGUUGAUUCAACAUCAUGACAUAUCAUUUUUGGGGGGGGAAAUGACAUAUAAACAACAUUGAUUCAACCAGUUUUGCCCAGUGGGUAGAAACAGAAUGAACAUACAGUCAUCUAAGAUCAGAACUGGUCUUUGCUGCUUUAAACUGCACACGUGCACUCACACACACAUUUGGACGGCACUAUCUUAAUAGCAAAACAGACAAAUUACAUUGCGGGACGAUCACAGCUUUUUGAUAGGUGACCUCAUGAUGCAAAUGAAUCCUCCAAUAAAACAAGUAAAUAUUUCUUAUUUUGUAGAACUGUAUCAUCACAGUUUUUGCUCAACAUAUGUAGACAUGGUUUUCAUAAGUAACUGCAGAAACUGUGAGGGAAAAAAGUCAAUUAACCACUGUUUUAUCUAUUCAUUUUUGUUAUUUUGUUGUGCCUGUUUUCUAUCUAUUCUUUUCUCAAUUGUGCCUGAUGUUUAUUUAAGGUGACCCCUUUUGGUAUAUACUGUGAUAUAGAUAUUUCAUUUUGUUUGACUCAAUAGAUUUUAUGUGAGCAUGCAUAUAUAUAUAUAUAUAAACUCAGCAAAAAAAGAAACGUCCUCUCACUGUCAACUGCGUUUAUUUCUAGCAAACCUAACAUGUGUAACUAUUUCUAUGAACAUAACAAGAUUCAACAACUGAGACAUAAACGGAACAAGUUCCACAGACAUGUGACUAACAGAAAUUAAAU